GAAGAGGAGGACCACUUUGUCAGCAGUUGUGCACAACUGAUGACCACAUAAAAUAUUAACACUUUUUAAAGGCCUUGGGCCUCGAGUAGCUGUAGAAAGAUCCUGGACAGAGAGAAAGAGAGAUAAUGUCCUCUGACUUGGACUCCAGUCUCACCAGCAUAGACUGGCUGCCUCAGCUGGGAAUCAGCAGCCUGCGUUCGGGUAAAGAGAGAGGAGGAGGAGGGGAAAGGGACAAGAAGAAAGACAGAGGGAGGGAGAGGGGAGACUUCAUACCCCUUGUGCCGGACCCCUCCCCAUCUAACUGUAAAGGGAAACCCCCUCACAGCUACGCCACUCUCAUUGCCAUGGCAAUAGCAGCUGCACCUGAGAGGAAGUUGAGUCUGAAUGACAUCUACACUUGGAUCAGUGACACCUUUCCUUAUUACAGCCGAGCAGGCCGUGGAUGGAAGAACUCCAUUCGGCAUAAUCUGUCCCUUAAUAAAUGCUUCAGGAAAGUCCCUCGGCCGCAGAAUGACCCUGGCAAGGGUUCUUAUUGGACAAUGGACGGACCUGCUGAGGUCAGUCAAGUGAGGGCACCCAAACGUCCCUAUCCAGAGGAGGAACAAGAGAGGCUGGAUGUUCCACAAGUACCAGACAGAGGACCCUCCCCUCAUCACCGACAACCACCCUCCCAUCCAGACCACCAGCUUCUUCACACGGAGCCUCUGGGUGCCAUCCAGCAACAAUCUCCCCAUCCUGCCUCCCUUUCUCCUCCGCCAUGCAAGCAACAGUCCCCCUACAUGCCAUCUCCCGUCUCCAGUCUCCCUGUCCUCCAUCCAUCUGUCUCUCCUUCAGCGGGAUUCCCACCUGCUGCCCCCAUGUCAUCCAUCAACUCAUUCCCUCCUUCACAUCCACCUGGACCUGUUUAUUCCAUCCCUGCUGUCUCUGCUACACCUCUGCCUGCUCUCAAUAUAUCCACAGCAUCUCAAGCGCCUUCUUAUUCUGAUGCCACUCUGUCCUUUCCUGCUAAUUCAAGGCCCGAAUCUGUUUCCACUUUCUCUGGCGUUUCCAUCUCUGUGCCAGUGCCUGUUUGCGCUGUGUCGGGACACACUCACCCCUCUGUAUCUGUUGCCCUUCCCUCUGUAGCCCCUUCAUCUGUUGCUGCCCCUCCUGCUGUCUGUAUAAACGCCCCUGUUGAUCCCCCGCUACGUUUCACCUUCGAUGAGAUGAACUUGCCAGACUUGUACGCAUCUUUCAAGUCUCUAUUUAAGACUUUGCGAGAGAGAGGGGGCUCACAGUCUGAUGUUGCUCCCCUGGCUGUGCCGAGCACCGACAUUACUCCACUUCACACUCCAACUCUGCUGCCAUUGUCUCCUCAUCCUGUACCUGCUCCACCUGCAGCUGCACCACCUCCACCUGCACUACCUGCAGCUGCACCACCUCCACCUGCACUACCUGCAGCUGCACCACCUCCACCUGCACUACCUGCAAGUGCACACCCUCCUGACACAGACCGCCUUCCACCAUACACGCUGCCAGCUGACUGGUUCAGUAGUCCAGACUCAUUGAAGGAGAGCUUCCGCAUCGCCAGCAAUCUAGACUGGGCAAACAUAGACCUCACUGGUCAUCCAGACCUGCUGGAGAGCAUGCGUCAGGCAGAGCUCUGCGACUGGGCACUUGACCCGGCACUCUUUACGUCCCUCUGUGAUUCCCUGAACCGCUUCUUCACUCAGAAAGGCAUGAUUAAUUCAGGGAAUAACUCCCCGCUGGCCCUCGGCGUGCCUCACUCCUUACAGGUCCCACCAUUCCCCUCUAAUCCCCCUCCUACUCUGGCCAGCCUCACCCACCCCUCACCCCUCCCCUACUCUCCUAUGGUACCCCCCGCCAAUGGAGCACAGAUGCCCCGGAGGGCUCUACACAUGCAGGGACACGGCCUUCAGAGACCCCAACUGACACAGCCCGCAAGCACAGCCGCUGGGAUCCAGCCUCAGACUAUGGCACCGCGACACCGUCCCCCCUUAAAAAAUCUCCACAGCAACAGUGAGGAGAUCCAGGACGACUUUGACUGGGAUUCUCUACUCGCCUGACACCUCUCGCUGUCUGUUGAGGAGAAAAGACAGCAGGAACUUUUCAGAGAAAUGUGACUCUUCACAGCCGUCUACACUAAACUCUAUGGAGAGGCUGCCUCACUGUUGUGUAUCUUAAAGUUUGGGAUCAAGUUUGUCACAUAUGACUGAAAGUUGUAUUUUCUUCAUUCAAUCUCAUAUGCUGUAAUCGCUUUUGUUUUGCUUAUAUUCUGCAGGUAAUUGGCAGGGUGCUGUGUUAGAUUACAGAUUUAUGUUCACAAAACAAAAUAAAAAAUGUAAAUUUAUUCAUCACA